AUGUCGCAGCUCUUACAUGCCCUGGCUGCCCUCCUCACUGUCUCUUUGGUGGCUGCGGGCCCAUGCGACAUUUACAAUGCUGGUGGCUAUCCUUGUGUUGCCGCACACAGUACCACUCGAUCCCUAUUGAACAGCUACAACGGGCCACUGUAUCAGGUCACCCGUGGAUCUGAUGGGAAGAGUACCAAUAUCUACCCUCUGUCGACUGGAGGCGUGGCGAACGCAGCAACUCAAGAUUCGUUUUGUAAACUGACGACUUGUCUCAUCACGGUCAUCUACGACCAAUCCGGCAAAGGGAACGACCUCUCAGCCGCUCCGUCGGGAGGUGCAGCAUCGGGUCCUGUAUCGGGCGGAUACGACUUUGUCGCUUCAGCCAUCGGCGCACGCGUCAAGGUCGGAGGUCACGAAGCUUACGGAGUCUUCACGACCCUGGCCACGGGAUAUCGAAGAGACAACACCAAUGGUAUCGCUACGGGGAACCAACCUGAGGGUAUCUAUGCUGUAGUGGAUGGAACGCAUUACAAUGGGAACUGCUGUUGGGACUAUGGCAAUGCAGAGACCAAUAAUCGAGACAAUGGAGCGACACAUAUGGAAGCACUAUACUUUGGUUCCGCUAGAGGAACAGCUGCCGGGACGGGUAAUGGACCUUGGAUUCAAGCGGAUCUUGAGAACGGUCUCUUUGCAGGCAACCAAUCUGGUUCUGUGAAUCCCAACAGCCCCAGUAUCAAUUACCGCUUCACGACAGGUAUCGUCAAGGGUGCUCAGUCGAACCUCUGGUCUAUCAGAGGUGGCAAUGCUCAGUCUGGCAGUCUAAGUACUUUCUUCAGAGGGCCUCGACCUGCUGGAUACUACCCCAUGAACAAGGAAGGAGCUAUCAUCCUCGGUAUCGGAGGAGACAACAGUGAUGGAGCUCAAGGAACUUUCUACGAAGGCGUCAUGACCACUGGAUUCCCCUCGGAUGAGGUUGAGAACCAAGUCCAAGCGAAUAUCGUUGCGGCAGGAUACGCCACGACGAACGAAUAUUCUGGCCCUGCAUUGACUGUGGGAUCCGCUGUAUCGCUCCAAGCCUCGGGUCUAAGUGGACAACAGUACAUUGGUCAUAACGGGUCCAGCGUAUCCAUCAUGCCAGUUUCAUCCUCCAGCAGCGAGACUCAAAAGCAAGACGUCACAUUCACUGUGAGGAGUGGAAACAAUGGCCAUUGUUUCUCUUUUGAAGCAGUCAACUCGCCAGGAUCUUUCAUUCGUCACUAUGCCUAUCAGCUGUACGUCGACAACAGUGAUAAUCAACAACGAUCCCCAUCUACUUUUGCCGACGAUUCGACAUUCUGUCCCGAACCUGGUUUCACAGGAUCAGGUUCCGCCUUCAGAUCGUGGAGUUACCCUACUCGAUUCUUUAGAAGAGUUUCUGACGGCGAUGUCUACAUUGGAACGCAAGGCGGACCCUUCGCUUGGGACAGUGCGACCAAUUUUGUCCAACAGGCUACCUUCACGGCUCGGAACGGCCUUGCAUGA